UCAGACUAUUUCGCUAUAUCACUUGAACAUUGGAUAAAUAGUGCAAACCACCAGGGUCCUAUUACUGAUUUUUUGGAAUGGCAGCAAGCGCCAGCGCCACCGCAAAGUCAUCGGGUAGAAUAUUACUAGAUGUACCCUGUAAAGUAUGCCAAGAUCAUUCUUCUGGCAAACAUUAUGGAAUAUUUGCUUGUGACGGGUGUGCGGGCUUUUUUAAAAGAUCUAUUCGACGAAAUCGUCAAUAUAUUUGUAAAGCAAGAGGUUCUAAUUCUAACAACUGUCCAGUUGAUAAAACGCAUAGGAACCAAUGCAGAGCGUGCAGAUUAAAAAAAUGCAUUGAAGCAGGAAUGAAUAAAGAUGCUGUUCAGCAUGAAAGAGGACCAAGAAAUUCGACUAUUCGACGUCAAAUGGCUUCUUUCAUGUUCUACAAAGAAACAUCAACUCCGGAAUCAUUGCCUCCUAUUCCUACAGCCACUUACACAGCUCACAGUCAACCCAUUACUCCGACUCUAACGAACGAAAGUAGACCGACUACGCUUCAUAUUCCAGCAUUUCGACCAGCAGGAUUAAUUCAUCCUACGCCCAAAUAUGCGUACGAAUUGCCAAUAUUUCAAACUCCAUUUUGUGAUUCAGAGACAAUUUGCGAAUCAGCAGCGAGGCUUCUAUUCAUGAACGUCAAGUGGGUGAAAAAUGUUCCCGCCUUCGUUAAUCUGCCAUACAGAGAUCAGAUAUUAUUAUUGGUAGAAGGGUGGAGAGAAAUGUUUGUAUUAAGUGCUGCCCAGUUUAAUCUUCAACUUGAUGUUAGUUUGAUUUUGGCUGCUGCAGGUCUAAAAGCAGAUACGUCUCCUCUUACCGAACAAAUGACAAGGAUCAUGAAUGAAAUCAGAAGUUUUCAAGAAAUCAUAGAAAAAUUCAAACAAAUACAAGUCGAUUCAACAGAAUACGCUUUCCUUAAAGCCAUCGUUUUAUUUAAAACCUCAUUUCAGAAUACUUCGGCAGAUGUUCGUGGAGUUCGUGAAAUUACGAUGAUUGCUUCAUAUCAGGAUCAGGCUCAACUUACCCUGAAUACUUACAUCCAAACAACUUAUCCUAUGCAAAAAUUUCGAUUUGGGAAAUUACUCUUAAUGCUCCCUUCACUUCGUUCUGUUAGCAAUACGACUAUAGAAGAAUUAUUUUUUCGAAAAUCUAUAGGUCAUUCUCCCAUGGAAAGGGUUUUAUGUGAUAUGUAUAAAUCAGGAGAUUUUUAAUAUUAAUUCGUGUUUAGACUUCACAUAAGUCCAAAUGAAGGUCAUAUGUGCAAUGAUUAUAAAUGUGUCAUUGCUAAGUGAAAACUCAGCUCGGCGUAUUAUGGAUCUGCAAGAUGCCCAUGGCGCCUUGCAUUGGCUUGCUGCUCUGGGCACCCGGAAUCGAGUCCGGGCUGCAACAACCUGGAUUUUCCACAAGGCAGCCUAAUUUGUGUGACUGCUGCUGGACCCAAUUGAAGAGGCUGCGAUUUCCUCCCACACUAAGCAUAAUAUAUUUUAGAAGCAUUCCAUCACACAUCUUACGCGUAAAUGAAUAUUUUUUCUUUAACGAAUUAUAUUUGGAUUAUAAUUAAUUAAGCACACUUUAAUUGAAAAAAGUUGUUAUCAACUAUAAACAAGCAACUCACCUGGAAGACAUUCAAGUUGGGCGAAUUUUUCACUCUGCGAUAUAAUGCGAAUUAUGUGAGAAUUACACUUGUAAAUAUUUUUUUAAUGAUUUAAGUACGUUAACUGAACCGGAAAAAGUAAGCGAAUAAUUAUUCAAACUAAAUAUAAAUUAUAAACAUUAUUAUUGGAUAAAAUAUCGAAAUUUAUUAUUUAUUGUUUAAUACCUACAAGAUAUAAUGUUCAUAUAGAUUUUUAGAGAAAAAAAUAUUACAUCCAAUCAAGGUUGUAGCCAGGAUUUUGUUUGGGGGUCCAAAUUAGAACUGACACAUCGAAGACUUUUGAACUACCGGGGGAUAAUCAAAUAGUAUGGAAUUGUUUUAAAAUUAUGAGCAGGUACUCUAAGGGUGCGACUAUGCAGACGCGAAUUUAGAGCGAUUUAGUUUUCGCAAAGGAAAACCAUGCACAAAC